UGAGUCUUCAUCAUGGAAGCGAUUGCUUGGUUAACGUGUCACUUACUAACAACUCCCGAACCUCUUCACAGCCUUGAACCUUCUCUGUUUAAAUUACAGAAGUAGAUUUCUGUCUGUGAGGCAAUCAGUCUAGCGUAAUCCUUUUGCCAAUAUUGAAUUCACUUAUAUUCACUCUGGUUUCAGCAGGACUAUUUAUGGCUUCUGAUAUAAGUAGUAGUAGCAGCUACUAAGUAUAUGUACAUAUCUGGGAAAAAUCCCAAAGAUGGAGCACUGUUUUCUUUCCCUCCGAGGUCAGGAUGGCUAUUCAGCUGGCUUCCUGCCUGGUGUCCCACAUCACUGCUACAUCUUAAAGAGGCUGAAGACAGAAUGCUAAAAUGUAUUGCAAGCACAUACAAUAAACGGUAUGUGUACCUAUCUAAUGGAAAUAAAAUAUGGACACUGACAUUCUCUCCGGACCUUUCACAUAAAACCCCGCUCGUUCUUCUUCAUGGGUUUGGAGGAGGUGUUGGACUGUGGGCUCUCAAUUUUGAAGAUCUCUGUGAAAACAGGACCAUUCAUGCUUUUGACCUCUUGGGAUUUGGACGUAGCAGUAGACCACACUUUGACAGUGAUGCUCGGGAAGCAGAAAAUCAGUUUGUGGAAUCCAUAGAAGAAUGGAGAAGGGAGGUGGGGUUAGAAAAAAUGAUUUUACUCGGACACAACCUAGGUGGAUUCCUGGCUGCUGCUUACUCAUUAAAGUACCCAUCAAGAGUAAAGCACCUUAUCUUAGUGGAGCCAUGGGGUUUUCCAGAGAGGCCUGAGAAUGCUGACCAAGAAAGACCAAUUCCAAUCUGGAUCAAAGCACUAGGAGCUAUAUUGAGUCCAUUUAAUCCAUUAGCUGGGCUGAGGAUAGCAGGACCCUUUGGAUUAAGCCUUGUACAGCGUUUAAGACCAGAUUUCAAGCGAAAAUAUUCAUCGAUGUUUGAUGAUAACACUGUGACUGAGUAUAUCUAUCACUGCAAUGUACAGACACCCAGUGGUGAAACUGCUUUCAAGAAUAUGACUAUUCCUUAUGGAUGGGCAAAAAGGCCAAUGCUGAAACGGAUUUCAUACAUGGAUCAAGACAUUCCGAUCACUGUGGUCUAUGGAGCGCGUUCAUGUAUAGAUGGCAAUUCUGGCAGCACUAUCCAGUCUCUGAGACCAAAUUCGUAUGUGAAAACAAUAGCUAUCCUUGGUGCAGGUCAUUAUGUGUAUGCUGAUCAACCUGAAGACUUCAAUCAGAGGGUGAAAGAUAUCUGUGAUUCUGUGGACUGACUGCGUGCUACUGUGUUCUCUUUAGAAAUUCUUACUGUAGGUAACAUGUAAUAGCAAUACUCUUUUGGAAAUUACUAAAGAAUGCAGAGCUAAUGGAACAGGCCCUGCUCGCACACUAUUUCUUCUAAGAAGUCAUUUGCACACUUAAACCACUUAGUGCCUUUUGGGGGAUAGGGUGAUUUUAAGCAGACUUUGUACAGAUUUGUUUGAGAUCUGUCUUUAGGUAUUGGCCUGUCAUAUAUGAAAUUACAUACAACUUUUUUAAACCAGAGUUUUCUUCAAAUUGUAAUUGAAUUUUGCAUACCUUGAAUGUUAUGAAGAUGUUGCAUUCUCCACUGACACAGAGAACUAUAUCAACAUAGAUAUAAUGCAUAAAAUGCAAUUUGGUUUCUUUAUAAACUUUCAUAUUUUCUAGUUGAUGUUUCAUAGCAAGAAUAUGAAAUUGUUCAUACAUACUUUAUUUUUGGAUUGUGGAACUCUAUACACCAUAUUUUAAGAUUUGGGGGUUCUUUUCUAUUGAAGUUAAAACAGCUUGUGAAGCUGAUUUUGGCGUAGAGACAGGGCCAAAAUAAUGCACAAUGUUUGUCACUGAAACGUGUUAGUUUGUAAGGAAUCAAAGCUUAAUAUCAGGAAAUCUUUCUGCUGUAGGAUGUUAUUUCCAUUUAUCUGAAGGCAUUUUCUUCCAUGUGUGUAACUUUUAUUGAAGCCUCAGUUUCUAAGAGUCAGUGAUAUCACUGACAUUCAUGCUUCCAGAAAUACUUUGAUUUGUAGAUUUCAGUGAUUUUAAAAUACAGAAGAUGGCUUGUUAGUUAUUCCAUCUAUUUUUAACACCAUAUAAUUACUGCAAGAUUUGUUGCUAGCCUAAACCUAACAAUUGUAGAUAAGUUGACAAGAUUUGGAUUAAUGCUAGGAAGUGGCCAUCUGGAUAGUGAGUAUAGCUCCCUUUUUCUUUUGAUAGAAAGCCUUGUCUGCUUUUUAAUAAACUUCUGGGGGGAGGGGGAGAAUACUGAUGUUCUCUAAUUGGGAACUACAGCAGAACAGUGUAUUUUAGUUAACAUGCAGCCUCCUUAUAGGAAGAAUUAUUACUGGAAUAAACAAUACCACUGUAACAACUUAUAAUUACAUGUUUUGGAGGUCCUUUAUAUAGUUAUAUAUUUUAAUUGAAUAUUUUGAAAUCAGAGCUAAUCCAGUCUCUGCAUCUCUUUGAAACUGUAGAUUGGUGUUAGUUCUUCGCAUGCUUAGUAAAUUAUAUUAAGCAAAAUACUUUGUCACUUUAAAGCCAAAUUAUGUGGUGGUUUGUUUUUUAAAAACAAGUUUACAUGAAACUAUUGAUCUGCUUUGGAAUGUUGAAUUGACUACUGCAGAGUUCUUGAUACUUUUAUACAUAGGGGAUUUGAAUUUACAGUAGCACCGUCUUAAGGCUUGAGUGGAAUUCUGUGCAUUUUUGCUCAAAUUAAUGAUUUGUUGCACAUAUUUAUGAUGUGAAAGGCAAAGAUACCUAAAAGGUUUAGAAAAUACUCUGAUUAUGUUCCAGGCUGAGCAUAAUCUCUCUCCCUCAAGGAGAUGUUUACGUAUAUGGUGCUAUGUAAACAUCAAACAGUCUUUGUGACUGCAUCGACUGGUAGCACUUAAUAUCUAACAAGUUAAAUAAUUUAAUUAAAAUAAUUUAUUGAAUUCAGUUACAUUUUCAAAUAGCAGAUGCCAGAAUUUUUUUUAAAUCUGUGUUAUUUGCUAAAAUCUUGCACUGAAAAUGGAAAAUCAGAGUAUCGAUUAUAAUGUUUAGCAUAAGCUAUAAAUUAUCAGUCAUGCCACCAUUUACACUGAUGCUGUCAGUGUAUAUUUUUUCACCCUUAUCAUUGUCUAAUUUGCAUUAAUCAGCUUAAAUGACUCAUUUAAUUGUGGGUAAAAAGCUAACCUAAAACAUAUUCUGAGUCUCUUCCAAAUAAUAACAGACAAAACAAACAUGGUAUUUUCAGAUAGCACUUACUGAUGGGAAUUCCAGAUUCCACAUCAAAAGAUGUAAGUAGGGAUAAAAAUUGCACACUGAAUGUGAAUAUGCUUUUGAAUAUCCCCUGCUUUUUCAGCUUAUUGUACUAAUAAAACUUAUUUGCUUAAGUUUUGCACAAUAAAAAAAUCUUAAAUUUUGUGUUUGAUUUAACGUUAAGACAUGAUGUUGCUUUGUAGUAAUCUGUGUGUGAUUCAGCUCUGGAAAUCACAAGUAAUUAAUAAGUUGUGCUAAACCAUCCAAAAUAUAUUAAAAAUAUAGUAAAGCUUGUUUUCAAA